AUUUCUUCUAUACAGGUGCUAUAUAGCAGUAUACGUAAUUAAUCACACAAUGAGAAUAUUUCAAUAAAAAUCUAUAGAUCCAGAUUCGAAUUGUUGUUGUUGGAAUGCUGUAUACUCUUCUAGUUGGAAUAGGAUAUAAAUUUUGAUAAAAUGAUGAGAUAUUGAAGUUGGAAAAUGGGGGACAAAUCUAAUCGUUCUACUGAUCUACCUGCUCAACUGAGAAGAAAGAAAAGUUUUCAAGGGCGUCAGUACAAAAGACGAACCAAACCACUCUCAGAACAAUACAGUUCACAGUUAUCGAAAGUUCUUGGUUUGACUGUGCGACAGAAUUGUGCAUUUGCUUGUAAUGAAGCAACAGGCAAUGUAGCUUAUCCAGCUGGAAGUGUAAUUGUUAUUGCUCGAAUUCGAUCAAAUAAACAGUUUUACAUUUUUAAUCCUGGUCAUAAAAGCCUAACUUGUAUCAAGUUUUCAUUGGAUGGACAAUAUGUUGUGACCGGUGAGCUCGGCCAUCUCCCAUGCGUCAGAGUAUUUUCAGUAUCUGAAAAAAGUCAGAUUGCCUCAUUUCAAUCUCAUAAGUUUGGCAUUUCUUGCGUUUCUUUUUCACCCAAUUCUGAAUACAUUGUUUCUAUUGGAUAUCAGCAUGAUAAUGUCAUCAAUGUUUGGAACUGGAAAAAAAAUGUUCUCGCCGCUUCAAAUAAAGUUUCGGUUAAAGUUAGAUCGCUUGCUUUUGCAGAAGAUAGUAGCUAUUUUGUGACCGCUGGAAAUCGCCAUGUAAAAUUUUGGUAUAUAGAGCAAACGAACACUCCAGAGACUGAAACAGUGCCACUAAAAGGACGUUCUGGGAUUUUAGGAACGGUUCGAAAUCACUUAUUUUGCGAUGUUGCCUGUGGAGUCGGUUGUGAUAGUCUUUAUACAUAUUCACUCACUCGUACUGGGAUGUUAUGUCAGUUCAAUGAAAAACGUACAUUGGAGAAUUCAAUUCAACUACAAGCCAGUGCAGCGUUUUGCAUGUCAGUUGUCAAUGGUACCAUUGUGUGUGGAUGUAAUGAUGGUAUUAUUUUAUUACAUUCAUCAGCUGAUCUCCAGUUUUUAAAUUCAUUUAGCUGUUCUGAUUCUGAAACUGACCUGCAUGACAUUGUUGCUGUUAGUAUGGACAGUCAAAAUAUGUGGGUUCAUUGUGUUGAUACAAAUCACAUUAUACGUGUAUGGGAUGUUUUAGAUUUCAAUAGUCCUGUGGAGUUUUCAUCAUGUCAUUUUCAUUCGGAAUGUAUAUGGGAUAUCAAAGAGAUACCGUCCCCAUCUACAGACAGCAGUUCAUUGUUUUAUUCAUGCUCGAAUGAUGCAACUGUUAAAAUGUGGAAUCUCACAGAUGAUGAUGCAUGUGUAAUGAAAAGUAAUAUUUUAGUCAACUCGAGCACUGUAUCUAAUAAUGGCUCCAAUAUUAAACCUAGCAAAGUUGGUAUAAGAACAUUGUGUGUUUCUCAUGAUUCCCAAUACUUAGCUGUUGGUGACAGGGGUGGAUUUAUCCAUAUUUAUCAACUCGAUGAUUCUAUGAAACUUACUCAAGUAACAAAAGUAGAAAUGCAUGCAACAGAUCUUCUAAGCCUUACCUAUGAUCCGUCGGAUAAAAUGUUAGCAUCGGCAAGCAGAGACCGUUGCAUAUAUAUUCUCGAUUCAAACAAUGCACCUACAUACACAAUAAGUGAUCAUUCUGCAGCUGUUACUGCUGUUAAAUUCAUUCAUUUGAAUGAUAAAUUACGAUUGAUAUCAUGUGGAGUGGACAAGUCUUUAUAUUUUUGUACUGUUAUAAAUGAAGAAGGCCGUGUUGAAAUCACACGCGAUCAGCAUAUUGUUGAAAAGCAUUCCAUGCAUGAUAUGACUAUAAUUAACGAUACUGUUUUAGUCGCUUGUGGAGCAAAUUUAAGGGAAUAUGACAUUGGAUGUGGAAAAGCCAGGCGUUUAAUACGGGGCCCUGAAUCGGUUUCUACUGUGUUGCGAGUUAUUGCAGACAAAGAUGGGAUGAUUGUUGCUAUUUCAUGUUCCGAUAAAUUCAUAUAUGUCCUAAACUACCAAACAGGAGAAUUUUUGUUCGAACUCAGUGGCCAUUCUGAAAUUUGCACUGCGCUUGCUUUUAUCAGUAACUGCUCUGAUAAAACCCUGGUUACAACAUCAGCUGAUAGUUGUAUGUUUAUUUGGAAACUCAAUCGAUGUGCUCAAAUUAUUGAAGACUCUACUUCUCAUUCUGAUGUUCAAGGAUGUUUACAGAAUGAUAUUGGGGAUCCUAUUUCAGAAGAGAACGAAGUAAAUGUAACAGCAUAUUUUGGUAAUUCAAAAUCUAUUGAGCCUUUUCAAUCUGACUGUUUAAUGAAACCAGAUGGUGCUGAUAAUGGAGAAUCCGAUACUGAUGAAAAUGAUAAUGAACCAGAUGAAGUUACAAGUACUAUUGAAAUAGAUAUGGACAUGUCAUUACCUACUUGGCUCACAGGUAAAAAAGACAAAAUAAUCAAAGGAAAAGCACCUGGUGGAAAAUGGGCCAGCAGAUUGCAAAAUCAAUAUAAUGAGGUUUCUCUUCUUGAUACUCCACGAACUGUCAUGGAAUGGGAAGAUAUUUGUGCAGAUUCACCUGAGGAUUGUGAUAACGAGGAUUCUACAGCACUUGGCCCUGAUGAUCAGAAUCAUAUCAUUAUGGACAGCCAGCCUUCCGAGCCAACAGAAAAUAUAACCGAUUCAGAAAAUGGGAACACUGAAAUAUCUCAGCCAAAUAACAGUAAAUGCAGCGAUAUUGAACUGGAUGAAAAACAAAAUAUAGUGCAGACUGAAGUAAAGGAAAAUGAAGACCCCAGUGAGAAAAUGGAAGUGCUGGAACCAGAGGGUCAUAAUCAUAACAUGCUUGAUGAAAGUAACAAGGCCUGUGGUGCUCAGACUCAAAGUAAUGGGGAUAUAUCUCCUAUUAAAAAGCCACGAUCAAACGAUCCUGAUUUUAUUUGCACAAGUACACCAGCUCCAGCUAUUCCUCCAGCUUUUGCUAACUUUAUAGAAAAUCUUUCAAAGAAAAAACCAAGAGCAGUUCCGUCAUCUUUGCCAUUACGAAAUUCAUACAAUAGUUUGGAAGAACGACGGAGUCCGAAAAAGGUUGAAUCUGAAACGACCAGUGUUUGUCAUCCACUAGAUGAUCAUGAAAAAGUAGCAAAUGAAUGUCCUGAUUCUGCUACAGAGGAUUGCAAUGAUGUUGUUAACAGUCUUUUUACUGCAUUUGGCCGAGCGGAAUCUAUGUAUCAGAAAAUAUCAAACGAAUGUGAUAAUGUGGAUUCCAAUGAUGUAGCCAGAAAACAUUUAUCUAACGCAUUUAUAUCGUUACAAGAUAGAAUAAACCAACUACAGUUAGGAACUGUUCGAGAAAAAGAUUUCGAUAAUAUUGAUAUGAACAGUUCACCAGUAUUGUCUCUUUUGCGAGAGUAUUCAGAUAAACUGUUUGCGAUGGUCAAAGAGGAGACUCAGAAAAAAUGUUUAAUCAAAGAAUAAUAAUUUAACCCGAAUUGUUUUAAAUUCAAAUCAAGCGUUGUAUUACUGUAUAUAUUACAAAACUGGUCAGUAGCGAAACAUUCCAACAUAAUUCCUGCACUCGCCCGAACUUGCCAUUGACUUGGGUAUUGGUAGCCUGCGAAUGGCUCUCUCGCUAGUUCCAUUUCUUUCAUUAUUAUCUUUUGUAUUGUCUUGUUUAUUUAUUUGAGAAAUCAGUAAUUUUCAAAUUUAUAAUCGAUCUUUUGUAUUAUAUGCUGUGCAACUGUUCACACAUUAAUCCUGUGAAACCAUGACAUGUAAUGUCAAUAUACUAUGUAAUCAUAGGCGUAGAUGAAGUUUUAUCCCGAAAACUUUGAUUGAACUCAGCGGAAUUUAUCGUGGCACAUUUGGUACAAAUCGAUUUAUAAAUCAUAACCACUAGGUAAACCAAGUAAUGUUGCUUGCAGAUAUAUUUCAUACUAUGCUUAUUCAUGCCUUUUGCACUGAACAAGGUCCUGUAUAAGCAGCCAUUGAUAUCCAAGAACAUCUAAAGUGCCACUAUUGCUUACCCAAUUAAUUACACAUUGGUUGAGGGGAGGAAGCAUUGGAUUUGAACCUCAGCAAGAUAUGUAAUUCGUGAUAUCAAUGCAGUUAAGUUCAGCACUAUAACAGCUAAGCCAUUGCGCCGCUCAGCAAGCUAGCUAGACUUGGCUGUUAAUUAUUAUUCUCUCAUUCCAUCCAUUUCCAUACUUUUUGAAUCGCCCUUUUUUGGGUGUUCCCGUAGUAUUCGUACUAAAAAAGGCGCACAACCUGAACAUAGUAUGUGUACCACGUUAGGGUUAGCAGGUUGUGCACCAUUAUGGUACGAAAGCGCCCUUUUUUGAAUUAUUUACUUCGAUAUCACUGUUCAUCAUUAUUGUGUCUUGUUUGAAACAUGGCUUUGGAGAGUCUUGAGAAAAAUAUCCAAUUGACGCCUGACUCUGUUUUGAAAAAAAUGUCGACUCUCAUCUGCAGGCUGAUUUAAAUUUUGACUACGACUUUUGUUCUAACUCCAGAAAAAAUCAAAUUUGGUAAUAAAAACUUGGCGUAUAAAAGCCUUCUUUGAUAGGCUUUUAAUAGGAAUGUUUAGUCUAUUUAAUUUAUUUUGAGUUUUCGAAACUCCCAACUCCAAGUCCUAAUUUUAAGUUUGUACUCGGCUGAAAUUGAUCCCACUUGUAAAACACUUUAUAAAAAUGUAACCACUGUUGGUUGUUAUUUUCCACUGAAAUAAACUUGAACAACUUGAAUUAACUUUUUAUACCUCCUACUAACAACUAGGCUACUACUUAUUGAUUGAUUGUCAGUUGUCACUGUGAUUACCUCUAUAUGUCAAUCCAUAUGAUUUUGUAUUUGACGUUAAUUCAUAUCUUUCAUGCAGAAUCAUUAUAAGGAUUAGGUUAAGCAGUUUGGUAUACUUUUGUAGUCAUUUUAUAUCUAAGUCUGUGUAUUCUUUGUAACUAUGUGAGCAAAUUUUGGCUGUUACUCUUAUUGUGUGUUGUAUUCAAAAUCUGGGAAUUUUUUAUUAUUGAAGAAACUCAUUGAAAUUUUGUUUUUUAAAAUUACCCAAAAAACAUUCUGUAUUCAAAAUAAACGCUGCACAUUAUUGAUAAAGAAAUGGUUUGUGUUGUCCAUUUUGUGAGAUUUACUCAUGGCAAACAAUUGACUAAAAUAAUAAUAAUAUUCAAAUGACUACUUGCUGUAUUUGCAUUUAAAUUAAUAAAACGCUUAGAGUUGAAUGCUUGAAAUUUUUGAAUAUUUUUUAUAUUUUGUGCUUUAUAAUUAAAUGUUGAUGAUUUUUGUGAUUGACCUUUGAUCAGAACCUUCUGUUUUGAAAAAUUGAUAUGCAUACACACAUACAUUAGCACGUAGCUCACCAAGUUUUCGAUACUUCUCAAUUUUCAAUGUGAUGUCUCUAAAUGAGCCCACCACUUAUUUAGAAGGGUUUGUAAUAAGUUUGGUCAAAAUUGAAUGAAUUACUACAGAAUUUCGAAUACAUUUGGAUAUAAUAGAUUUGACCAAGAAAAUGAGUCUUAUCUUCAGCAGAGAAAUUUAAACACACAAACCAUUGUAAGUUCACAAAAAUUGUAUUUGAUAAUGCAUAAUGGUACAGAUAACAUUGUUUUGAUUGAUAUUCUCUUUUUUUAGGUGUCAAUUAAAUUUUUUUUUUUCGUUGAUACAUGUCAAGUAUCAAAAUGAAAGUGUUUUGAAUUAUUCCUUAAAUCAAACACUAUCAAUAUCAAAUAUAACCAAUUUUGAAUUUAUUCUAUUCAUUCGUGCAUCCCUGCCUUAAGUCAACUACCUUAUGUUUUGUCAUGUUCAAGCUUGCAUCUCGCGGAGACGUAGCAUAGUGGCAUUCAGUUCUAAAUUAUUCCUUGAAUCAAGGAUUAACAAUAUCAAAUAUUACCAAUUUUGAAUUUAUUCGAUUCAUUUCGGACAUUCCUGUCUUAAGUCGACUACCUUUUGUUAUACCGGUAUGUAUUUUUUGUCAUGUUCAAGCUAGCAUCUUGCCGCGAUGUAGCAUAGCGGCUUACAGAAAUGUUUACUUAUUUGCGAUGCUGCCCACUCUGUUUGCUUGGCUCACCUAUUAAGCAAACAUAUCCUAUAUAUGCUUUUGUUUUUUGAUGGCCACGAUGUUCCAACAUUACGAUAAUGUGGUCAAACCAUGCCUAUGUAUGCUUUGAUUAUUUAAGAUGUACGAUUUAUAAGCCAUGUAAUGUAAAGUGUUUUUUUACACUGAAUAUUAGCAUUGUGACAUUCCUUGCGAGUACAAAUCAUUUACAGUACAUUAUUAACUUUUUUUUACUCCAUAUUCUUUUCUCUUUUUCUCAAUGCUUUAAAAUGAUAUAAAUAUAAGA